AUGAGGAUUGUCCUCACACAUGAGAAAAAGUUGUAUGUGCUUGAUGAAUCUAUUCCUAAGGAGCCACCUGUUGGAGCUCCUAGGGCUCAGAGAGAUGCUUAUAAUAAGCAUCUCAAUGACUCAGUGGAAGUCUCUUGCAUCAUGCUAGCAACCAUGACUCCCGAGUUGCAUAAACAACACGAGGGUAUGAUUGCGUUCGAUAUGAUCGACCACCUUAAUGAAGAGAAGGCUAGACAUGAAAGUUUUGAUGUCUCCAAUGCGCUGUUCUCAACCAAGUUGUUGGAAGGAAGUCCCGUAGGACCUCACGUACUCAAGAUGAUUGGGUAUGUUGAGAACCUAGCGCGGUCGGGUUUACCCCUUAAGCGGGAACGUGUUGUUGAUCUUAUAUUGCAAUCAUUGCCAGAAAGCUUCAGCCAUUUUGUCACGAACUUCCUCAUGAAUGACAUGGAAAUCUCUUCCACAACUUGA